AUGAAAUCAAUGAUUACCUGAACUUCGUAUGUUUUUGUUUAAGUGUACCUUGACCUGAGCUGCACUAUUUAAAGGUGAAGUUGCAGGGACUCACCAUCAGUUCUUCCUAUCUGAGGACAAGAUACGUAAGCUUCUGCAGAUAUGUCUGAAGGCUCAGUUGAGUUAAAACAAAAAACGGCUGUGGAAAACAACGGUUUUGUACCAGACUAUGAUUAUGAUGGCGAGGAUAAGGCGGCCAGCAGAAAAAACAGCCAGACUGAAGCAGCUCAUGUUUAUGCCGUCCAAAUAAACGCAACCUCAUUAGAUCCUCUUACUUUGAAGCCUUAUGCUGGGAUGCCCAAAGAGGUACUUCUUCAGUUUUCUAGAAGACCAGGCUACAGAAUAACUCGAGAGAUCAUUUUUUGGUUGAUCAUUGCAGCUACAUUAGUGAUCAUCGCUGCAACAAUUGCAAUUAUAGCUCUUUCUCCAAGAUGUCUCGACUGGUGGCAAAGAAGCCCUAUUUACCAAGUCUAUCCCAAGUCUUUUAAAGACAGCAACAAAGACGGAGCCGGCGAUCUUAAAGGAAUUCAGGAAAAAAUAAAUCACUUUUUGUAUCUCGAUGUGAAAAAUGUCUGGGUCGCUUCAUUCUACAAGGCUUCACUGAAAGAUUACAAUUACGCAGUCGAGGAUUUCAGGGAUGUGGACCCCACUUUUGGCACAAUGGCUGACUUUGAUAGUAUGAUCUCGGCUCUGCAUGAUAAAGGUUUAAAACUCAUCAUUGAUUUAAUCCCAAAUCACACAAGCAAUAAGCAUCAGUGGUUUCUGUUGAGUAGGAAUCGAACUGGAAAGUACACGGACUACUACAUCUGGCAUGACUGUGUACAAGGAGUACCUCCUAAUAAUUGGGUCAGUGUAUAUGGAAAUUCUGCAUGGGAGUAUGACGACACCCGAAAACAAUGUUAUUUCCACCAGUUCAGGAAAGAGCAACCAGAUUUAAAUCUCAAUAAUCCAGAUGUCUUAACAGAAAUCGAGGACAUUAUAAAGUUCUGGCUAGAGAAAGGUGUGGAUGGAUUUACAAUCAAUGCUGCAAAGUUUCUUUUAGAAGCAAGUAGUCUAAGAGACGAACAACAGGUCAACAAGUCUGGAAAUCCAAAUGAUGUUUCAAACUACGCAGAUCUUUAUCAUGACUUUACAACCACUCAAGUUGGAAUGCAUGACAUCAUUCGUAACUUCCGCCAAACUAUGAACGAGUAUAGCAGAGAACCAGGGAGAUACAGGUUUUUAGGCACAGAAUCCAAUGAUGAAAAUGAUGUGCAGAAAACAAUGAUCUAUUAUGGAAAUUCUUUUACACAAGAAGCCGACUUUCCACUUAAUUUCUACUUGUUUAAGUUAAAUAAAGACAUUUCUGGAACGUCUGUAUCGGAAAAAGUGGAUCUAUGGAUGAAAUCAAUGCCAAAGGGAAAGUGGCCCCAGUGGACGGUUGGAAGCCCCAGCAAUUCUCGUAUUGCAUCACGGGUUGGUAAAGAAUAUGUUAAUGUCUUGAAUAUGCUCCUUUUAACCCUCCCUGGCACCCCUACACUUUACUACGGGGAAGAACUGGGUAUGGUGGAUGGAUCUAUUACGGGAAAUGCAAACCUUUCUGGAGAAUACAUUGAAAAUGAAGUUCCAGAAAAGACACCAAUGCUGUGGGAUUCAAGUACAAAUUCUGGCUUCAGUGAGGCCAACUCAACAUGGCUUCCUGUUGACCCCAAUUAUGAAGAGUUAAACGUGGAAAUUCAAAUGACCAAACCAGAUUCAACGCUAAAUUUAUACCGGGAGAUAAAUAUGCUGCGUAAUAAUGAGUUACCAAUUCACAGAGGGUGGCUCUGUUAUGUGUGGACAGACGAGAAUGUGUUUGCCUACGUGAGGGAAUUGGACGGUUUAAAUAAAGUGUUUAUGAUAGUCCUCAAUUUUGGGAGGGGAUCAACCAUAAAUAUACAACAAGAAAUCCAAGACAUUCCAAAUCAAGCAAAAAUUAGAUUAAGUACAUUACCUGCUAAUAGCGGGAAAUCAAUAAAUACAAAUAGCAUUCAAACACAACAAGGUGAAGGCAUAAUAUUGGAAUACAGAACAAGCAAACAUCUGCAUCUGAUGGAUAGUUUUAAGGAUCGGUGCUUUAUAUCAGAAAAGGCAUGUUAUUCCAGUGCCUUCAAUUUGCUUUAUAAAAACUGCUAAACGUCUUUAGUCUUGUAAUAAAGUGAAAAAACCCACAAAAAAAA